UUAAGAUCUUCUUUGCCUCAGAGACUUAUCCUUAAAAACCCUAAUCUUCGACUUCGCAGUUAAGCCGGCGAAUCUGAACUUUAUUCCAAAGACUAAGAAUGGCGGGAGCUAACAGUGGAACAAGGCGCCAGAAGCCGAACAUACUGAUCACGGGGACUCCCGGUACCGGCAAAUCGACUACAGCUUCUGCUCUCGCCGAGGCCACGAACUUGAAGCAUAUCUGCGUCGGAGAUCUCGUCAAAGAGAAGAGCUUGCACGACGGCUGGGACGAUCAGUUCGAAUCCCACGUCAUCAACGAAGACUUGGUGGUUGAUGAGCUUGAAGAUGUAAUGGAAGGAGGAGGUAACAUUGUGGACUACCAUGGCUGUGACUUUUUUCCUGAGCGGUGGUUUGAUCUUGUUGUGGUGCUUCAGACUGAGAACUCCGUCUUGUAUGACCGUUUAACCAGGAGGGGCUAUUCGGGGACCAAGCUUAGUAACAACAUUGAAUGCGAGAUCUUCCAAGUCAUGCUUGAAGAAGCAAGUGAUAGUUACAAGGAGGAGAUUGUCACCGCCAUGCAGAGUGACACCAUCGAAGAUAUCUCUGACAAUGUCGCGAGUUUGACGGAAUGGAUUGAAUCAUGGAGUCCCUGAGUUUCAUUAUUAUUAUCAUAAUAAUGCAUGUUUAAUGGUUAUAAACUUUUUGAUUUUGGUAGUUUUUUUUUUUUUAUGGAUUCUGAAUUGAUGUCAGUUACAAUUUAUAAGCAUCAGUUCACUUGUUGCGAGACCAGCUUUUAUAUAUAUGUUCCCUUUUGAUA